GUCAGAGCUUCACACAGUCCGACCUUAAAAGCCAUUGCUUCCGUUGCUACGAGGGCCAAGGGAAUGAUCGAAUUCGACCCUACAUCGCUCCAGCACCUCCUUUGCCCAUCUUCUGCAAUCUCACCUUCCUCCAGAAAACUACCACACACACAACCAAGUGAGUGUAUUCCAGGUUGCGUUGCGGGUGCAGUUAGGUUAUUGAAGAUGAGCCGAUUUGAUGGCCGAUAUGGCGAUCCUUCGUCGUUUCGCGACAGGAAGAGUGACUUUGGAGGAGGUGGAGGAGGAUACGGUGGGGGAGGAGGUUAUGGCGGUGGUGGCAAAGGGGGCGGUGGAUACGGUGGACGAGGAGGAGGCGGGCGAGGAGGUUAUGGUGGGAGCAGCAAGCGUGAUUUGGACGACAUAGCGUUGCCAGCGCAGGAGUUCGAAAACCUAAUUCCAUUCGAGAAGAAUUUCUACGUGGAGCAUCCGGCCGUGUCUGCUUUGACCGAGGAGGAGGUUGCAGCUUACAGGCGAAAGCGAGAAAUAACUGUGGAAGGUCGGACCGUUCCUAAGCCCGUCCGCACGUUCGAGGAGGCGUCAUUUCCAGAUUAUGUGCUGCAUGAGGUGCUGAAGGCAGGGUUCACGGAGCCAACAGCUAUUCAAGCGCAAGGCUGGCCCAUGGCUUUGAAGGGGCGCGACUUGAUCGGGCUGGCAGAAACCGGGUCCGGAAAAACACUGGCAUAUCUGCUGCCGGCUAUUGUGCAUGUGAAUGCUCAACCGUAUCUGGCUCCUGGAGAUGGGCCGAUCGUGCUGGUGUUGGCCCCUACUCGUGAGUUGGCGGUGCAGAUUCAGCAAGAGUCGACGAAAUUUGGGGCGUCUUCGAAGAUCAAGAACACGUGCAUAUACGGAGGUGCCCCGAAAGGGCCACAGAUCCGCGACCUGCAGAAAGGGGUUGAGGUUGUGAUUGCAACACCGGGUCGUUUGAUUGACAUGCUGGAAGGUCGACACACGAAUUUGCGGAGAGUGACGUACUUGGUGUUGGACGAGGCCGAUCGAAUGCUGGACAUGGGGUUUGAACCGCAGAUUCGGAAGAUUGUAUCGCAGAUUCGACCAGAUCGUCAGACGCUGUAUUGGAGUGCGACAUGGCCGAAGGAAGUAGAGUUCCUUGCGAGGCAGUUUUUGAACGAUCCGUACAAGGUGACGAUUGGUUCGUCGGAUCUGAAAGCCAACCAUGCGAUAGACCAAGUUGUGGAGGUGGUGUCGGAACACGAAAAGUAUCCCAAGUUGAUCAAGCUGUUGGAAGAGAUAAUGGAUGGAAGCAGGUUGCUGGUAUUCAUGGAGACGAAACGCGGGUGCGAUCAGGUGACGCGGCAGCUGAGAAUGGACGGUUGGCCUGCGCUGUCGAUCCAUGGCGACAAGUCCCAGGCAGAGAGGGACUGGGUUUUGUCGGAGUUCAAAGCUGGGAAGAGUCCUAUCAUGACGGCCACUGAUGUCGCUGCGCGUGGUUUGGAUGUGAAGGAUAUCAAGUGCGUGAUCAACUACGACUUUCCGGGUUCGUGUGAAGACUACGUGCACCGGAUUGGUCGCACAGGACGUGCUGGUGCGAAGGGAGCUGCGUACACGUUCUUCACUGCAGCGAACGCGAAGCACGCGAAGGAGCUGGUGUCAAUACUUGUGGAGGCGGGUCAACCAGUGAGUUCUCAGUUGCAAGCAAUGGUGGGCAGCAGUCGGGGCGGAGGCGGUGGAGGAUUUCAUCGUGGAAGGGGUUUCGGUGGGCGAGGAUUUGGCGUUCAGCAGUCAGGUUCCAACACUAUACCCCUGGGCGGUCAAAGAUGGGGUCGGUAAGGCUGCGAGGCUGCGAGGGUGCGAGUUUGAAGAGGGUGCAUAGCGAAGCAGCGGAUGGCAGUAGCGAAGCGAAGGAGUAAGGUGUUUGAGUCGUAGCGUGGGUUGGACAUGUGAUCCAUUGAGUGCGGUGUACCGGCGGUUGGACGAGGUGGGCGUGACGGGCAGUGAGCAGGGUCGGCAGGAGCGAGUGGUGGCGGUGUGUGAGGACGAGCAGUUGUGCGGUGGAGCAAUCGGUGGUAAAAGUGAGAGCGGGGGUGGGUUGCAGAGAAAGCUGCGGGUGUCGUGGAGUAAGAGCGCGAAGCCAAAGAGUGGAAGUGGUGGGAUCGGGUUGGAGGGCGACACAGGAUCAGUGUGAUUAUAUGGAGUAGUGAGGGUGGACAGAGAGUUUUGCCGAGUUCCUGGGGCCUCGGGUUAGUCGCGUGGUUUUUAUGGUAAUGGAGGCCGAUGAACACAGGGUUGGCAGGGUUUGGAAAGUUGGUGGUAAGACUGCCAUAGGAAGGGAGUGGGAGUGCAUAGUACGGUACGAUGCCUGUAUGAAGGGCGUUGGGCCUUCGCUGGACUGACUGUAGAGUUCCCUUUGGAGGAAUUGUAUAUCAAGGUUGUGAUGGAGGAUGUGCAUA